AGUGCAGACUUAAAGAUAGCCCUUCAACAUGGGAAGAAUAAUGAUGAUUGUCUUUGAAUUGUUGUUCCUGUCUGCUGUCAUGGCUUUUGAUAUGAAAUUUGAUUAUCAAAUCAUUGACGGGGAGGCAAAGUAUUUAGAAAACAUAGAAACCAAUCUGGAAAAGAAUAUAGUGAAGAUUCACACACCAGCACACAAUGAUAUUAUCGAAUCAUUCCAAAUCCAAGACUUCCGUCAGGGUCAACAGCUGACAUGUCUCCCAUCCAUAAAUCAGUGUAGACUGAGGGAUAUAGACAGAGAACUCGCAAUAGAUGCUGGACAAAUAACAGAGGCGUUUAUUCAUAGCUGGAAUAAAGGCGAUAAAAGCAUAACUAGUGCAGAUGGGAAAGUUGUCACGGAAAUGUACUAUGCCGAUGUUCAUGACGUCAUUCAACCUACUUUCCUAAAAGGGGCUGUAAAGGAGUUUUAUCAGGAUUUUGAAUACCCACUGUACAAGGAAAAGAAGAUACCUCAAGAUGCUGAAGUAUAUAAUAUGACUCGCUCCACAGGACAUCGUGCUAAAAGAGGACUCGUCUCUUUUAAUAAUGACUGCAGAAUGAAGGUUGUGUACGGUAUUGAUUCUGGACGGAGAAGCAAUCAUCUUAGAAUAUGUCAAAGACCAGAAUAUAGAAACGGAGCGACGGUAUUAAUAGAUUCACAUUACUUCACCACUGGUUUAUCGAUGCAUGUGUUGUUCUUGGGUUACAUCCAUCAGUCUAGGGAACGGUGA